AAAACGUUCCGUAAGAACAUGAUUGUUUUGCGUGAGAGAGUGAGAGCGUAAAUCUGGCGGAAAUGUUGCCUUACUUCGUCUCUCUCUGGCGGUCAAGUUGACACGUGCGCAAAAGAGGUCCCGCAAGCCAAAUGUUUUUUCCUCCUAUGGUUUUAUUUAUUUGCCACUAAAUUGCAUUUGUUAUUCUGAAUAAUUACCAUCUCACUUAAGCAAGAAUACAAAGGGCUAAAUACUAUGGGCCACUAAGGGCAUAUAUAUGACAGGCACGAUGCGUAUGAUGGUAUUAUCAAGCUAAGUACUUGUCAGUCGGUCAAUGUUUUAGGAUUUAUCACAUUAGUUGUCCCGCUUUUUGCAGUAUUUCAUAAUUGAUAAGUAUGAUAAGAUAGGUAUGAUGACGUAAUUUUGAGGACGCCGGGACGCUGUAUUAAUAUAUCCACAUUCUAGAGUAGGUCAUUAAUAAUAGAAUGUCACCUCCACCAAGUACAAAUAUUUCUCUGACCUCAGACAUGAAGGAAAUUAGGUUCAUUGAACUACAAAAACUAUUUGUUGACAAAUUCAAAUGUGAACCUAAAUAUUUUGUUCGUGUGCCAGGAAGGGUGAAUCUAAUUGGUGAACAUAUUGAUUAUUGUGGGUAUUCUGUUUGCCCAAUGGCUAUUCAACAAGAUAUUCUUAUAGCAGUGUGUGAGAGUAAUGAUUUUUCUAUUAGUUUAACAAAUACUGAUCCUAAUCAUAAAGACUUCUCGUGUGACAUCAGGACAUUCAGUAUUUUGGAAGAGGGGAGUUCCCCUCCAGGCUGGUAUAGUUAUGUCCUAUGUGGUGUACGUGGUGUAUUAGAAUCAUUAACUAGUGAAAAACACAUACCUGUUGGAUUUUUGGCGGCUGUGACUGGGAACAUUCCUCUUGCAUCUGGCUUAUCCAGCUCCAGUGCACUGGUGUGUUCUGCUGCUCUAGCAACUGCUCUAGUUAAUAAGGUGCAGUUCACUUUUGACCAGUUGGCAGUUGUGUGCGCUCAAUCUGAACGUUACAUUGGUACCCAAGGUGGUGGUAUGGAUCAAGCAAUUGCCUUUCUUGCCACUGCUGGUUCGGCCAAGCAUAUUGAAUUUGAUCCUCUCCGAACAACGGAAAUACAGCUCCCAUCAGAUGCUGUAUUUGUUAUUGCUCAUAGUCUCCAUUCUCUAAAUAAAGCUGCAACAAGUGAUUUUAAUCAGCGAGUUGCAGAAUGUCGUUUAGCUGGCCAGAUUAUAGCCAAAAAGAAGGGAUUAACUUGGCGAAAGAUAAAUAAGCUUGCUGACUUACAAGUAUCUUUGAAGUUAACUUUAGCUGAAAUGGAAGAUAUUGUUGCUGAAACUCUUCAUGAACAUCCAUACACCAAAGAAGAAGUCUGUCAGGCAUUGGAAGUAACAGAACAGGAACUAGAGCAUACAAGCCUUAAUCCUAAGGUGAAACAUGUGAAAACCUUCAAGUUAUUUCAACGAGCUCUCCAUGUGUUUCGAGAAGGUGAUAAAAGUAAUGCUCUUGAGCAGUUGGGUCAACUAAUGCAAGCAAGUCAUCAAAGUCUGGCUAAAUUGUACGAGUGCUCUCACCCACAAUUGGAUCAAUUAAUAGAGGUAGCUAGCAAAUAUGCUCUUGGGUGCCGUCUCACUGGUGCUGGAUGGGGAGGCUGUACUGUUUCCCUAGCUACUAAAGCCACUGCUCCAACACUAGUUGAUUUACUAAAAGAAGAGUUCUAUCUCAAAAAUCCUAUGUAUAAAGGUCAAGAUUUAAACACACUAGUGUUUAUCACAAAACCUGGCAGUGGAUGUAGAAUAUAUGAUAUAGAAGAAAUGGACUAGUCGUUAUAUGCUACAGCAUAUUUUGUCAUUAGUACCUGUAUAAUGAGAGUACAAGGGGCUUAAAAUAGUGUAAUAGCAUAGAGGAAAGGCAGUCUUUCCUCUAUGGUAAUAGCUGUACACAGCAUGGGCAUUGGCAAAGGAAGUGAGAGAAGAAUAUCAUCUCCACAAUAUUUAUAAAGACCUUCUUACAUUUUUGUAAACUUGCAAAUCUUCUUCAUACAACAGUUGGAGAAACUUUUCAUUUAUAUUAUUCAUGUGUGCCAAAUAACAAUAAUUUGUGAUCUCUCUGCUCUUCUUUGAAAUAUUAAUAUUAUUUUCUUUGUGCUCAAGUGACAUUUAUCAAAGCUUGGACACAUUCCAGGAUAUUCAAUUCUCUCUCCCCUAUUAAUGCUGUAAGUGUUAUGCCUUUCUUCCCUACAUUAAACAGUGGUCUGUGCAUGCAAUACAGAUAUUAAUAAAUGCUGUUUGUGUAUUACAAGUGAAAAUUCCUCGUAAUUGGAAAAUAUGCCUAAAUGAAAAACGUGUGUUCCAUAUAAUGAAACAUUGUUUAGAAACAGCAUCUUUGAGUGAAGAGAGUUGUUUUAUUAGCAUUUUGCAUUAGUCUUUUUGCACUGUAAAAAUAACCAUUUAUUGUUUAAUAUCUAGGUAGAACUACACUUAUCCCAUUAAUUUUUCAAGAACAUUGUAAAUUCAUUUCUAGCCAUGGGCUUCAAUAAAGAAUUAAGUAUUGAGGUAAAAAAUAUACAAAAGAUGAGUUUCUGGUGUAUUUGCAUGAAGAUGACCCCUUGUUGAAGUAAAGAACUGCAGUGUAGUUAUAGAAAGCUUUAUGUAUUGGUCAGUGAAAAAAAAAAUUAUUAAAAGUAAUAUAGUUUUUUGUUUCAUUGUUAGUUUGUAAGUGACCCGACACUUCUGUUUUGAGAUAAUUGGAAUUGACAUAUUCAUUUAAAAUGUGAAAACUAUGAGAGUGUAAAUGAUUGUAGUUCACCAUAGUGAGACCUGUAAAUGAUACAGUGUGGUCUUUGGCUACACUGUCAAAAUGUGUUGGAGAAAAUAUUCUGUUAAAUGACAGAAGAAGUCCAUGAUACAAUUUUCAUAGAACACAUUUACAUUUAUUCUUCUCACUUUCUUCAGUCUUAUAUAGAUGAAAUCAACAUCAGCAUUUCACUUAUUUCACAAAUACUUUCAAAUCUUCUACUUGAAAAAUUCAUAUUAUGCCUUUUUUACUUUCUCAUAAAUGUAGUAUAAUGAAAAAUGUGUAAUGCUGAAGAAAAAAAAUGAUGUUGAGAUUUUGACAUUGAAUUUGACUAAAAAAUAUGGGUUUUCAUUCAAAUCUCCAGAAUUUUAAAAAGUGCAACUUUAAACACUUUACAAACAUGUUAUGGACCCUCAAUAUUGAGCCAAGAGAUUUUCUUCUUCAAGCAAUCUAUUCCUCAACAUUAUGUCUUCAACACGAGGGUGAUCAUAAUUGGUGGACUCAUGCCAGUGCCUGCAGUGUAUCAGAUAUAGCUGCAACUUUUUGUGAAUUUGAAUGAUCUGAAGCUCUAUUUACUGA